AUGAAUCAACAAAAGGUUGAUGCCAUCCCCCCUUGUGUUUCUUCUUCCAACAACCAAAACAACAACAACCAAAAUCUUCCAACCGACAACCAAAACCUUCAAAAACCUCUAAAAAAUAAUUUUUCUAUUAAAAAUCAUUCCAAAUUAAUAUUAAAUUAUUUUAAUGAAUUUACUUCUUCCGCCAAAAUUUUAUUUUUAAAAAAUAAUAAAAAUAAUAAUUAUUAUUCUCAUCCCUUAAUUAAAAAUAAUAAAUUAUUAUUUAAUUUUAAUUCUUCUUCCCAAUUUCUUUCUUUUAAUUUUCUAAAAUUUUUAUUUAUAUUUUUGUUAAUCCAAUUUUUAUUUUUAAAAACUACCACAACUACUUUAAUCGACUCUAAUCGGUGUACUCGAAAUUCUAUCAAUUUGGGAAAUAUUAUUGAACAAAUUUUGAGGGAUUAUGAUACUCAUCUUUUACCUGAAGCUGAAGGUGUUAAUGUUACUAUAGAAUUACAUGUACAGGAAAGAAAUUUUGUAAAUCAUAAGAAACCUCUCUCUCUUUGGUGA